UCCCUCUCAUCCCGCACCUCCCUCCGCCCUUGCUCUAUGCAGGCUCUCUUUGUGCGCAGCAAACUCUCAACCUUGCGUACAGUAUGUAUGCAUUCUACAUCUACAGUAUUACUCUGCAUGCUAGUUUCUGUCCAUGUUCCAAGUCCAUGCUGUAUGGGAAGGGAGGAUAGAGGACAGGUGUGGCGCCCGGCGGCCUGGCGUCUGGCGAUCCUACACUACAGUCAUACUCUACAACCUGCGGUACUCGCGCAAUCUUGGACGGUUGAGCGGCACGACAAGCCGCGAUCUAGAUCAAUCCUGCGAGCUAGAUCAAUAGCCGCGCUGCCAGAUGCCAUCUGCGAGCUGCGAGCUGCGAGCUGCCAACAAGGCUGACUGGCAACAAAGUUAGUUGAGGAACAGGCACAAAUCUUCAUCCAUCGUUUCACCUCGACGCCAAUCUCCACACUCCACGCAGCCUCUGUAGCACGCACGCUCAUCCCUCAUCCAACAGCAACAUGGUAUCACUACAGUACAGUAGAUCAAGGUGCAGCUGUGCAACGCGCCACUACCUCACACGCGACCCCCCCCGUGUACAUCUGUGGCGCCGCCCGAGUGGCGCAAGGCAUAUCGUAUC